AGAUGUCAUUAUGAGCUAAGAGUCGUCUUCGAUUGCUUUUGUUAUGUUAGAAUAUGAUGUUUGCAGAAAUCUUGUUUGAGGCUUAUCUGAAGAACGUUUAAAGUCUACAGCAAAAGUCUGCACAUAACCUCAAAAACCAUGGACGUGAUAGUAAAAUGGGAAGACGGCACCAUCGACUGCGUGAAUUUAAAUGAGAUAGCACCUAUUGAUAUAAAUGUUAUUUUUAUGCAAAAAAGGAUGAGCUACGUUUUUCCCUCUAAACAAAUUCAAACAUUUCGUAUUUGUGAAUAAUUCGCAACAAAAGAUGAGAGACACAUCCGCUUUAUUUCAAAAUGUGUAUAGUAACGUUUUUCGAAUAUCG